GUUUGAUGCUCUUUUUUUGUUUGGUAUAAGAGUUUUGCUAUGACAGAGUUUAUAUCUGUAACAUUUUAAUAUUCCAAAUACUUUUUUGUUUUUGCAUGUAACUCAUAAACUGACCGCUGGGGGGCAACACAUCUUUACAGCGUUACCAUUUCUGUCAAAGAGUAGAUAAUUUAUUCAAGAUACCACUCCAGAGCAGAAGUCCCUUUGGUGUGUACAUUAUUAUAUUUGCUGAGAAGAAUUACACAAGUCAAAUUAAAGUUAUUAUUGUUGACUCAAUUUAUGCCUAUUGUUAGAUUAUUGAAAUUCUGCACUUUCUGAGAUUGAAACAUCAUAUUUGUAUUUCUCAUGUAAGCAUGGUUUUUCAUGUAUUUAACACCAUGCCGGAAUGUUUGUUGGUUUUUAUUAGAUUUAUUUCUAGAUAGUCAUCUCUACUAUCCAAUUUUCUUUCACAAUAUCAUAAAUGGAUCGCAAAUGUAAAAAAAUGAAAUAAUAGCCAUUGUACUAUUUCUUAAACUAUCAGCACUUUUUUAGUAUACCUGACAUUUACCACCUUUACUUUAUAUUUUGCGAUUCCUGGAUUUUGGACGGAGUGAACCAUCUUACUAUUGUGUACUCUUUGAGAUAUCCGUCUGUGAUGACUGCGCAUGCGCUGACUCCAGGGGCAUGCUACACUUCACAACACGCUGAACUCUCAAUGUGGAUGUAGUCGUCUGAGCUGAUUACUAUCUGUUGGAGUUCCCUGAUGUUCCCUGAUGCUUUAAUAUAAUGAGCUGCGCCGACACAAAGGGCAAACCUGCGCUCUACCAACGGGUCGUGUUGAAGAACGCCUCGCCGUACCACUACAUGAAGGUCUGCCUCGUUCUGGAGGAUGAGUCUACCCGACUGAAUGCGGUCGAUCUGAAGCAGUUCAUCAUCUCAGGGCUGGACAGUCUGUAUGGAGAGGUGGGAGCAGCGUUGAACUUUGACCUGUUGAAGUAUGAUGAAGACACGCUCACUGCCUUUCUGCGUGUUUACAGCAAAGGCUUGGUGAAGCUGUGGAGCUCCCUGACUCUGCUGGGCUCGUACCAGAAACAAGCCUGCGCCUUCAGAGUGCUGCAGGUGUCUCCGUUCUUGCUGGCGCUGACAGGAAACAGUCGGGAGCUGCAGCUGGACUGACUGAGGAUGAGUUUCCUGUGGAGCAGAUUCUUUAUUAACCCGAGGCGGCGGCGCUGCCUCUCUCCUCCCUCCUGUCGUCUGCUCCACGUCGGCCAGAAAGCCUCCCUCACCAAAGCGUUCUCUGCCCGAGAUGUGCAGCUGUUCGCCGAGCUGACGGGUGACAACAACCCGGUCCACCUGGACCCCGUCUACGCCAGCACCACCGCCUUCGAGGCGCCC